UGACGGCUGGAUGGCAAUACAGAAACAAAAUAGUUGAGCUCUGGGUCUGCCUAUUUAACAGCCUAUAGAUGUUCAGUAGUUUUCAGAAACAACAUAGAUAACAGUAUGGGAAAGAGUAAUAUAUAUCUGCUGUGUUUCAUAUGGGUGGUUUUGUUGGAACUUGUUUUUGUGGGUUGUUCCAGGACGACACCUGCUAAAACUGGCAGCCCCCCAACAUCUGGAGGUGGAAAUGACUUUGGGUUUGGAGUAGGAUAUGGGGUACCUGGUAUUCCGAGCAACUGGGGAGGAGUUGUUGGUGGAGUAGUUGGCGGAGGUGGUGUUUCAAGGCCAUCUGUUGUGUGUAGUGAGAAGGGGCCUUGUUAUCAGAAGAAGCUGACUUGCCCUAGUAAGUGCUUCAAGUCUGGUGGAAAGUGGGGACCUAGAGGAGGAGGUGGUGGUGGUGGAGGAGGAUGCACCCUGGACUGUAAGAAGAAGUGCAGAGCUUACUGUUGAAGAAAUCAUAUGCUGUUAUAUCACUAUGGCGGCCUUCACUCUGGCCUAUAUAGUUUAGGUUACAUGUUUUGUAUUGUUCAGUUCUACUGGGCGUAUGGGUAUUGGACUCUUGAGUGAGUUUUUGUUGUGGUAGUAUUUGUUGUAUCUGUCCAGAGUUUGUUUACUAUGUAUGAACUUAAAACUGUUUUAAGGCUUUUAGAAUAUAUAUGCCUCUGACUUAUAUGAAUAUAGUUAUCUGGCUUCAGUA